AGGUUAAUCAUAGUCAAAGAUAUAGAUCACACACCCCGCAGCCCAGCGGACCGUGUCUAGGCGCGCAACGGGGGGCCGGCGACCGGCAUUUAUGUUUGCAUAGCACAGCUGAUCGAGCUUUUCAUCCGUUAAUUUUGACAACCCGCUUAUCAGAAUGAAUCUAUCGUUAAACACGUGGCAACUCAUCGCGAUCUUACCCCCACCAAUCGCCAUUUUAAAUGGCUCAAUGUUAGAUAGCAACCGCGGCAUUGACACGCAUAAUUGAUAAUUAUCGAUAAUGCCGUGCGUACACAGAUAAGGCCCUUAUUUAUAAAAUUACGUUAGCUCACGAUUAUUACUCGCCACACGAAUAUGCUGCGACGCGAUAUGGGGGUCCUCAAGCAAUUCUGUAACUGCAGAAUCCUGCGCGACAGCAGAAUUCAGACGGAGGAUCUAUGGGUGCGUGAUGGAAGGAUUGUGAAUCCGGAGAGGAUCUUCUACGACGAGAAGAUCAAGCCAGAUGUUAGGAUAGACUGCGGUGGUGCCCUGAUUUCACCGGGAUACAUAGAUGUGCAGAUCAACGGAGGAUUUGGCAUAGACUUCUCAUUCAAUGUUGACAAUGUGAAAGAGGGUAUUGAUAAAGUAGCAAAGGGAUUGCUAGCACAUGGAGUAACAUCUUUUUGUCCUACUCUGGUAACAUCUCCUAGUGAAGUAUAUCACAAAGUAUUACCAAGAAUAAAAAAACGAAAUGGUAGUAGCCAUGGUGCUUCUGUAUUGGGUGUUCACAUAGAAGGGCCAUUUAUUAGCCCAAAUAAGAAAGGCGCUCAUCCAGAGCCUUAUAUUAAAAAACUUGAUCAGGGAUUUAAAUCAGUUAUUGAUAUGUAUGGAGAUCUAGACAAUGUAUGCUUGUUCACGUUAGCACCUGAAAUUCCAAAUGCUAUACUUGUUAUUGAGGAGUUAUGUAGAAGAAAUAUCAAAGUGUCUCUUGGACAUUCCAUAGCAAAUUUAAACGAGGGAGAAGAGGCAGUUAAACAUGGAGCGUCAUUUAUUACUCAUUUGUUCAAUGCUAUGUUACCUUUUCAUCAUAGAGAUCCAGGAUUAGUUGGUCUCCUAACAUCCGAUCAAAUUCCAUCCGAAAGAAUUGUUCAUUUUGGCAUAAUCUCCGAUGGGAUUCACACUCAUCCAGCGGCGUUACGGAUCGCUCAUAGAACGCAUCCCGAAGGUCUCGUACUUGUAACAGACGCGAUAUCAGCGUUAGGUUUGGAGGAGGGAAUCCAUCAGCUGGGACAAUUCAAGAUAGAGAUACGUAAAGGAUGCGCCUAUAUCGCUGGAACGGACACUCUGUGUGGUAGCAUAGCCGAGAUGUCCAAGUGUGUGAGACACUUUAAAGACGCUACAGGUUGCACAAUAGUCGAAGCCUUGGAAGCGGCGACUUUGCAUCCUGCGAGAAGCCUUGGUAUCGAUUCCUACAAAGGUAUUCUUAAUUUUGGAGCCGAUGCCGAUUUUAUAUUACUAGACGAGAAGUUGGAGCUCCUAUCGACGUGGAUUUCAGGAGAAUGCGUUUAUGAAAAGAUUCCUGGCAGUACAAAACAACUGGAAGCUAAACGUAAGUAGAUAUCCCGGUACAAAUAAAAAAUCAGUUGUAUAAAACAACUGGAUAUUCUAUAAUUCGGCCAGUGUACAUAAAUCGACAGUGACAGGCCUACAAUAAUAAUUAAAGUUAUAAUUAAAAAGCCUUAAACUUACUUCAGAUAAUAACUUUUGUAUGUUACACUGAGAUUUUACUACAUUUAUAUUGAUAGUUUUGCGCUUGAAAAGAGAUUAUUUAUAGAAAAAAAAGAUAAAAUACUAUGUACUAUAUAAAAUUUGAAGAUUUAAUUUCUUUUAUUUUUCCGGGUAUUGCAUCAUGUGAAAUUUACAUUUAUAAAGACACUAUAUGAUGACUGUAUAAGAGUGAACGUAUUUUGCUAAAUGAAGGAUAUUAGAAAAGUUAUAGUAUUUUCAUGUACUCUUUUCUACUAAGAUGUAAAUAUGUAACAAUAAAUGUAUUGUUUUUUAUUUUAUAAACUUAUACAGAGCUUCUCUAUGCUCUUUCCCAUUUGCAUUCUUGGCAAGAUUUUCUUUAACUAUAUCGGUUUUUGCUUUACUUAUUAUGUGCUGUAAAGCAUAGAGAUGUCAAAUAACAUAGUUUUAAUAGUUUAAUGCUACAAAAAUAUUUUUACAGAACUGUUUUUAAAGAACGAUUAGGAAUUGCCGCGCUACAUUAAAUUAAUCUUAAAGUCUCAUUAUGUAUACUUACAAGUUUUAUAUUAAUGUAUAUAAGGCUUUUUUUAUACGAGUCGAAAUGCAAUGAAUUAAAUGCUACUUAAAAGGAAGAAAAAUAUUAGAUUUUCGGAACAAUAUUGAAAUUUUCACAUUAUAUAUAUACACACACGUUGCAUUGCAUUUAAUAUUUGCUUACAGUAAUUUUAAUUUUAUGUUUAAACUGUUUUGUGUUGUAUAGUAUAGUAGAUUUUUUUUAAACAAAAUAAACUUUGAUUUUACCUAUUCUUCGCUGAUACCUUUUAUAUAUGAAAUUAGUAAUGGUUAAUAAAAUAAUCAAAUAGAAAAA